AUGAGGAAAAUGUACACCCUCGUUCUCUUUGUAGUGGGAUCCUUUUGUCUGAACGGAAGCAUGGCAGCAGAUGCUGAAGAAAAACUAAUGAACCACUUACUGAGUCCUGACAGAUACAAUAAGUUAAUUCGACCAGCAGUCAACUCUUCCCAGCUGGUAUCCAUAGAGCUGCAGGUAUCCCUGGCACAGCUCAUCAGUGUGAAUGAGCGGGAGCAGAUCAUGACCACGAACGUCUGGCUGAACCAGGAGUGGAUUGAUUACCGGCUGGCUUGGAAGCCCUCUGACUAUGAAGGAAUAAAUAAGCUGAGAAUACCUGCAAAACACAUCUGGUUGCCAGACAUUGUGCUUUACAAUAAUGCGGAUGGCACGUACGAAGUCUCGCUGUACACAAAUGCCAUUGUCAAGAACAAUGGGAGCAUUCUCUGGCUGCCCCCUGCCAUUUACAAAAGUGCCUGCAAGAUUGAGGUGAAGCAUUUCCCAUUUGACCAACAGAACUGCACACUGAAGUUCCGCUCCUGGACGUAUGACCACACAGAAAUUGAUAUGGUGCUUAAGACUUCCAUGGCAAGCAUGGAUGACUUCACACCAAGUGGUGAGUGGGACAUUGUAGCACUCCCAGGAAGAAGGACUGUAAAUCCUCUGGACCCCACUUAUGUCGAUGUGACAUAUGACUUCAUUAUUAAAAGGAAACCACUUUUUUAUACCAUCAAUCUUAUCAUUCCCUGUGUGCUAAUUACAUCCUUAGCCAUCCUAGUAUUCUACUUGCCUUCAGACUGUGGUGAAAAAAUGACCUUGUGCAUAUCUGUGUUACUUGCCUUGACCGUGUUCUUGCUGCUGAUCUCCAAAAUUGUCCCUCCAACAUCUCUAGAUGUUCCACUGAUUGGGAAGUAUCUCAUGUUUACAAUGGUGCUGGUGACCUUCUCCAUAGUUACCAGUGUAUGUGUGCUCAAUGUCCACCACAGAUCUCCAAGUACUCACACUAUGCCCCCCUGGGUAAAACUGGUUUUCCUUGAAAGGCUCCCGGCCUAUCUGUUCAUGAAGCGCCCAGAAAAUCAUUCUCCACGGCAAAAGCCAUGCAACUGCAAAAAGACAAAAGCAGAGAAUCCUUGUAUGGAGCCAUCUGACUUCUACAAGAACUCUACCUAUUUUUUGAAUACAGCUUCUGCCAAAAGAUACAAUAUGAAAGUCUCUGAGACACUUGACAAUAUCAGCAGUCACCGAGAUUUUAGGCUAAGAACAGGCGCAAAAUUUUCUCCUGAAGUGCAAGAAGCAAUUGAUGGAGUCAGUUUUAUAGCAGAGCACAUGAAAAGUGACGACAACGACCAGAGUGUCAUUGAAGAUUGGAAGUAUGUUGCCAUGGUAGUGGACAGGCUGUUUCUCUGGAUAUUUGUCCUUGUUUGUGUCCUGGGGACUGUUGGAUUAUUUCUGCAACCACUUUUUCAAAACCACACUGCUGCCAUAAACCCUUAUUGA